GCCAACAUAUUGCAUCCUGUCGCCAUCACUCUCUCUCCAUUCCACAAUAUGUCUGAGGUGGUGUUGCGCGAUGCGCGCUACUCAGAAUUGCCCGAAAUUGCCCGUGUGAUGGCGAAGGCAUUCUGGGAGGAUAACUUGUUCGGCCAGCUCAUCCAUCCUCAUCGUAACGAAUAUCCAGACGAUGUGCACUUGUAUUGGCUGCGGCGGGCACGCGUCAACUUUUGGGAUUACCGCUGGCGAUGGCUCGUCGCCGUGGACAAAGACCAGAGCGGCCGAGAUGUCAUCGCCGGGAUUGCACAAUGGACAAGAUUGGGAGACGGUGGCAAGAAGCUGGAGCGCUCGUACUUGGAUCCUCGAAAUUUGCUCAAGCCUCUUUUUGUUGUCGCUAUGAAAAUUCAUGCUUGGUUGUGGCCAAGUCGUGCGUGCGACCCCGUGCAGGAGGACAUCGUGGAGCGGUCGUAUCCUUAUUUUGACACGAUCUGGAGCGGCAAACGCGCUGAAUCGUGGUAUCUCGAAGGGCUAGCAGUGCGGCCCGAUUUCCAGGGCAAAAACAUAGGUCGGAAACUUACGCGAUGGGGCCUCGAGCAGGCUGAAACUGAUGGUGUUUGUGCGUCGGUGGUCAGCGCCUUGGGUAAAGAUGGGUUCUAUACCAAAUGUGGGUUUGAGGAACAAUAUGGCAACGCCACUCACGGCGAUGGAAAUCCCUUGGCAGGUGUCGAGGGUGCCAAUAUAUAUUGGAAGUGGCCCAAGACUAACCCUUAGGUACAUCCUUGAUGGCUAUAUGUGUAUAUACUGAACCGUCGCAUUGUUUCUUCCCGGCGUAGCUAUACUUACUAAUUUCUGCAAAUUCACUGAUACUGGCG